AUGAGCCUUCCCUUUUCUUUUCCUUCGCCUCCUACCUUUGACCCCCUCUAUCCUCUCUUCCCCAUCUGCGCCUUCCUCGGCUUCCUCCUCGUCUUCAUCCCUCUUCCAUGGCAUGUGCGGGCACAGAACGCGGGCACGUGCGCCUACAUCUUUUGGGCUGGUCUCUCCUGUCUGUUCGAGUUCGUCAACGCUGUCGUCUGGCGCGACUCGACGUUGAACGUUGCUCCCGUUUGGUGUGAUAUCUCCACCAAGUUCAUGCUGGGAGCCAGCGUUGGCAUACCCGCGUCCGCACUUUGCAUCAGUCGGCGUUUGUACAAGAUUGCGGUCAUCAAGACCGUCUCGAUUAGCAACAGCCAGAAACGCCGCGCUCUCCUUGUGGACCUCUCCAUCUCGUUCGGAAUUCCUGCUAUUGUUAUGGCUCUUCAUGUCGUCGUCCAAGGCCACCGCUUCGACAUCCUGGGGGGUGUCGGCUGCUAUCCUGCCGUGUACAACUCCCUGCCCGCCUACUUCCUCGUCUUCAUGUGGCCCACAGUGCUCGGCUGCAUAUCCUUCAUCUACUCGGGCCUCACCCUGCGCGCAUUCUACAAACGUCGCCUCGAAUUCUCCCAGAUCCUCUCCUCCAGCUCUACAUCCCUCAACAAGUCGCGCUACCUCCGCCUCAUGGUGCUCGCAGCCGUCGACAUGGCGGCCACGAUCCCGCUAAGCAUCUACAGCAUGUACCUCAGCACGGACGGUGUCGAGCUCGGCAAGUACGUCUCCUGGGCGUAUGUGCACUACGACUUUGGCUUCGUCGGCGAGGUGCCUGCGGCGAUGUGGAUGGGCGACGCGACGUACAGACGCUCGGUCGAAAUGACGAGGUGGCUAUUCGUCGGAUGUGCGCUGUUGUUCUUUUUGCUAUUCGGAAUGGCGGAGGAGGCGAGGAGGCACUACAAGGAAACAUUUGUCGCUGUUGUGAAGCGCGUCGGAUGGGAUUUGUCCAAGAGGAAGAAGGCACCAAGCAGCUAUGGAUCCGACCGGUGA